UCUGAUUCACCUGUCAUUAACGCCCACUUCCAACAGGUGGUAGCCAGAAAAUUCGGCGACCACAGUUCACUCAAGCCGGUCUGGAUUAAUCGAAAUCAAUCUAACGGUUGUGUCUGCCUCUCACUCACAGUGUCAGACAUGGAGGACGGGCUCCAUGUGGUGCAGCCAGGGCAGAGAAUCGCAGCGGACGGCCGGACCCUUGAAACGUUACCGGAUACCGAUACGCACAAAGAGGUAUGGAGAGAUGGGGGAGGGCUGAUCCAUGUUUCAGGACCGCAGAAACCUACCGUCACGGGGAGACCAAUUGACUUUUCAAGCGACAAUAGACGAAUUUGUGGACUUGAGACCAGGAGAUUUUGGUGGAUACUUGCAAUAGUGCUGAUUGUGAUUAUUGGGGCUGCCAUCGGCGGCGGUAUUGGAGGAUCCCGAGCAUCAGAGGCCAACCGUGCAGUGGCAUCCUCUUCGGUGACCAAACCCCUGUCUGCUACAGGGACAAGCGUUACCUCUGCAGCGGCAACUACUCGGACCGCAUCUGUGACAAGCUCAGCACCAAUCACCUCCGGAACGAUCGGAAUAGCUGCGAACCCAUGCCCCGGGCAGAAUCUCACCACGCUGACCGCAUCCGAUGGAUCGAUCUUCACGCUGCUAUGCGCUGUCGACUGGCCCAAGGGCGAUGCAGGGCUUUACGGGAACAAAACUGUGGGAGACCUUGAUUUUACUACGCGGUAUACCUUGGAGUCAUGUAUUGCCGAUUGCGUGAGGUGGAACCGUGUCAUUGCCGAUACACCAUGUAAAGGGGUGGUCUACUCGGCAAAUUUGACCGCCUCUUUUGAUGGUGGUCAGGAUGGAAAUUGUUUCCUCAAAAGCGAGGUUGGAGUCUACUUUCCGAAUUCAAAUACAUCAAUGGCCGCCGGACUUUUAGCGGGCUGAAGGAACUUUGAAGCACCGAAAUCCGAGACAAGCAUAUAUGAUCAUCUCAAUUAUCGCAAGACGCCUCUUGCGUCAGAUCUUGUUCAUUCCGCAGCAUAAUAAAUGUUAGUACAGCCCGUGUUAUACUUGAACAUGAGCG